CUCCUCCUGCCCAGUUCGGGGAGCACGGCAGGCAGUUGCCGUUUGUCGUUCGUCUUGUCUGGUCGCGCGGAUACCCGGUUCAGGUGUAGAGUUCUUUAGAGUCAGUAUCAGUCGAGUCGGGGUGCAGAUUGCUCACAGUAACUGUCUAGAAAUUCUCUCGUCGUCGAUGCAAACCAGGAGGAACAAGGAAAAGCUUCAGACAGACAGCCCGAACGCGGUGGUGGUGAACAGUUCUCAUCGGUUGGGCACACGAGUGUUUGGUUGAGUGGUUUGAAAAAGGAUCCUCCACUGUUUGAUGCAUGGGUCGGAAAGGAAUCCGUUCCCUUCGCGGCAAAAGUUGUGCAAGCCGUGGGAAAAACUGCUGUGCCGUGCCCGGGGUUUCCUUCGGUCGUCGGCGCGUAGUUGAAGUGCAAUCCGCUGAAGUAUAAACGACUUUGUUUUGGACUAUUUCCGGAGUAGCCAAACAAAUUAAGCGGGGGAAAAAUAGAACAAAAAAAAAACCGACUCAUUAAGGCCAACCGUGAGUGAAAGCAAAACCAUUUUCGACAAACAAGUGCUAAAAUAAGCGUGAAAUGGAUUUACCCUCGAGAGCCAACCACAUCCCGCGUUGCUACCGCUGCCGCAACGCUGGCGCGGAAAUUCGAUAGUGUAUUGUUGAAGUGUGUAUUUAAUUCUAUUUAAAGUUACGACUCGUCAACGGAAGAAACGGUGGGCGAGCGGACGAGCUCAACGGGCACUAAAGGCUAAGGUCGGAAGAAUAAGGGCAAAAAUAAAACUGUCAGCCAGGUUAGUUGUUGUGCAACGAGUGCAUCGAGUAUAGGCAUUCUAAUACUUAGUAGUAUAUCCAAAUGGAGCUGAUAAAAUUGCCAUAAAAAGUUUCUGCGGUGAUUCCGGUGUUUGUUCGGGCAAGCGAGCGAGCGAGCGCGGGUGGUGUGUGACAUAGCGGGUUUUUGGACGAUGCCACCAAGCCAAGUGCGGCAGAAUACGGAGUAGGAAAGUUUCCCGUCAAGUGCAUAUCCGGUUAGUGCCAAAAGUGAUUCUGAGUGAGUUUUCUUGAAGUUUUGUGCGGUGCACAGCGAGAUGGGACAACCGGUUCGCUAGCGGUAGCGCGGGAAGCAAAUUUGAUCUGAAACCUGAACCGUGUAUAACGAAACGGCAGAACUCGAGCCCGGAACAAUCAGGCGCACGCCGCAAAAGCCACGCGCAGAUGGGAUCAACCGUAACAUGACAGAUCCUUUAACGAACGAACGGCCAAGCCACGUGCAGAAAGCUGUGAGCUGUGAGCAACAAUAGAAGAAGAAGAAGAAGCAGAAAAAAGCUCACAUCCUGGGAUACCGGCGUGGCCUUGCAAAGAAAGCGCCUACAGUGUACCGCAAAGUCGUCAGAGAACCAGAGAACACCCUUCGAUGCGAACAAAACAGGAAGCAGCCGUUCUUUUCUGCUUUCUUCCACGUUUUUAAUCCGUUCCGUCGUCCGGGAGUCGCUUACCCGGGAGUCCCGGCCGGGUUGCCGUGCGGAAAAACACGCGCACGCAAAGUUCGAACGAAAUGAAGUAAAAACAAGUGAGUGUUUGUUGUGUUCCGCUUCCGCUGGUGUGGAAGGAAAAAAAGGCGGAAGAAAAGUGUUAAGAGUCAGUCAACCGUCAGCCGGAAGAUUCUAGAGGCAAACAAUCGACAAAACGAAACACAACAAAAGUGGUGAAAAGUGUUAACAUAAAACUCAUAAUAAAAGUGCCCGGUUCUAACGGUUUCAAGUGAAAGUUUUCAAAGGUGAAAGAGUGAAUCAGAAAAGCAACUCGUGCUCGUGGUCAAGCUCUUGGUAAGCUGUGAACAAGUACCGGAUUGUGGUCAGUCAGUAGGCGGGAGAAGAAGAAGUAGUAGUAGUAGAAGAAGAAACAUCAGAAUCAAAAGCCGAAGACCAGCUGUGAGGUAUACAUUCAGGGGCCGCUUGAAUGGCUGCCGCAGAACGACGACGCUUGCAUCAGUGUCGGUGGGGGCGGUGCAUUCCGGUGUCGGUGGAGGAGUGCCGUGACAAGAAGAAGAAGAAGCUGCCGCCAGCCGUUGCUGCCGGGCUGCCGAGACCGCAAAAUGGCUAGAUUUUGCUGUUCGCGGUGCGGAUUUGUUAUCGUGCAAGUGCAAACUAUCGCUACCAAUACCUCCUGUACGACAGGAACCAGAAUCAGAAGAAGAAAACGAACAAUCGUCCUGCCGGGAGCGGGAAUCAGUUUAUUGCUGUCACCAGUAGGGAACAGAUCGACAGUCCUGCCGGAGCCACCAACGUCGUCGGAGUGCUGUUUGGAUGACGAAGAUCAUCAGCCACUGAUCGGCAUUCCGAAAAGUCGAACAACAUCCACAAGCACAAGAAUUGGUGUCGCCCGGUGUCAUCCUCGGCCGCAAAAAUCCUUACGCCGCCCGUAGAACAAACUGACGUUGAUAGCCUGAAAACAAAACAAAACAAAAAAAAACCAACGUACUCCUCUAAGUAGUCUUUGUUAACGUUACAUUUAGAGAGCGUCAGGAAAACCAGUAAAGCGCAGUACACGCCCCGGUGCACGCAGGAUGAACGCGUCCGAGUGUGCCAGCCUGUUCGCGUCGGUCGAGUGGACCGAACCGAGGAAGAUCCUGCUGCUGGCCAUUCUGAUCUUUAUCGACGUUCUGGUCAUCGUCGGCAACACGCUCGUCGUGGCCGCCGUCACCAGUUCGCCUAAGCUUAGGACUGUUACCAAUUUUUUCAUCGUUAGUCUAGCCGUUGCCGAUUUGCUAGUCGGAUUAGCUGUAUUGCCGUUUUCGGCCACCUGGGAGGUGUUCAAGGUGUGGAUAUUCGGUGACGUGUGGUGCCGCGUGUGGUUGGCCGUCGACGUCUGGAUGUGCACGGCGUCCAUACUGAACCUGUGCGCGAUCAGUCUCGAUCGCUACGUGGCCGUAACGCGUCCCGUGACCUACCCGAGCAUCAUGUCCACCAGGCGAGCCAAGUCGCUCAUCGCCGGGCUGUGGGUGUUGUCCUUUGUGAUCUGCUUUCCACCGCUGGUCGGGUGGAAGGAGCAGAAAGUGAAAGAGAACCUAUAUUAUCAGUAUGGAAAUUACACGCUGGUGUCAGCGACACCGUCAUCUGAGUCCUACUCACCAUCAUCAUCACCGUCAUCUCCAUCAUCUCCAUUUCCGCCGUCACUGUUAUCAUUACAAUCACAAUCAGCACUGUCGCCACCGUCAUCAUCCAUAGCAUCGUCCGCUGCGACGGAAGUUCUGCUCGCAUCGAUGGGAGCGGCGGCAAUCGAGGGCAGCCGAGGGACCGCCAAGGACGUCCCGACGAAUCCGCCCUGCCCGUGGACCUGCGAGCUGACAAACGACGCCGGAUAUGUCGUCUACUCGGCCCUCGGGUCCUUCUACAUCCCGAUGUUCGUGAUGUUGUUCUUCUACUGGCGCAUUUAUCGGGCCGCCGAACGGACAACCCGGGCCAUCAAUCAAGGAUUUCGAACUACCAAAGGUGGCAAGAAGAACAACAACUUCGACGACAGUUUGACACUUCGGAUGCACCGCGGUAAAGGCGUCGGAGCACUGAUGGCUUCAACCAUGCGAACGCACAAUAUGCUGCUCGAAGGAACGACGGCAACAAGACCAGCCGCCGGUGCUGCUACGGCGGCCAGUUCCGCCGUUGGUUCCGGGCCUGCCAAUCCUCAAAUUUCGAUCUCCUGCCCCAGUGGGAACACGUCCCACAUGACUAGCCCAACCACUUCCAUCAACUCCUCGCUGCAGAUCGCCAUGCAGCAACAGCAACAACAGCAGCAGCAACAACAUAACGGGGGCAGUACCCGCCAGUCCAGCAGCAGUAGGGACUCACGCCGCAAGUCGGUAUUCAAGGAAGCUCCGGCGGGCAUAUCGCGGGAUUUGUCGCCCAACUCGUCGAAAAAGUUGGGCAAAAAACACCUCAAAGUGCAGGUCAAACGCUUCCGCAUGGAAACGAAAGCCGCCAAAACGCUAGCCAUCAUAGUAGGCGGAUUCAUCUUCUGCUGGUUGCCUUUCUUCACCAUGUACCUCAUCCGAGCCUUCUGCGUUGACUGCAUCAACGACACGCUGUUCUCCAUCCUGUUCUGGCUCGGUUACUGCAACUCGGCCGUGAACCCGCUAAUCUACGCACUGUUCUCGCGCGAUUUCCGGCAGGCCUUCAAACGCAUCAUCAUGCGGUGUUUCUGCUGGAACCGGUUCAAGGUGAACCUGCUGCGAAAGUCCUCGACGACGCAGCACACCAACAAUCACAGCUACAGUCCGUCGGCUUUUACGCCGCUGGCGUCCACGCCACGAACCGAACUGGAAAGUUCCGUGUUCAGAUGACGGUCGUUUAGCUCGCUGGAACCGCCGACGCCACCGCCCUUCAGUUCCAGGAAACCCCUGCAGCACCAUUCGUCGAUCGGGCUGCAACGAUCGAUCUCGGUUCGGACGCAAAGCACGACGGCCAGUUCCAGUGCCGGGUACAGCGUGGACAACAUUUGCCAUCCGAUAGUGAUGGAUCAUCAGGCGUUCGGAAUGGUCGUCAGCCGAUCGACGCCGAAACAGCGCAUCAUUGCCGAGGAAGAACUGCUGAUGGACGAUCGGGGCGUGGGUACCGAGCGGGACGGGAAAUCGAUUACGAGCUUGUAAGCACCGCCAUCAAUCUCGCAGAUGAUCAGAAGACAAGACAAGGUGACAGAAAAGGGUUUCCGGAGGGUUUAUUCGCCGUCAGGCCCAAGGUAUCACGGAAGACGAUUCCAGGCAACGGGGGCGAGUGAUUCGAACUGGGGUCGAUUUAAUGGAACCCGAAAACUGCCAGUUAUAGCUUAUGCUAGUGCUAGAAUUGAAUGAUUCUUAAAUUCGGGAAGUUUUCGUAGUCAUUGAUUCUGAGAAAUUGAAGUACCUGCAGCUUUCUAGAGUUUUUGAUCACGAGAGAUUCUGGUAACGAUUUUUUAGUACUUUGUAGUCUAAGAAGUGGUCAAUAUUUAUGACGAUAUUUCUAAGCAUUCUAGGUAUUCUAGAGGGGUAAGUAAAUACUCUCCGGUGUAUGAAAUCGUCACGAACCUCGUACCACAAAACAAUCAUCAUGUAGCCUGGCUUAGCAGUUUUUUUCUGGUUAUUAUUGUUCUCGUAGUUUCCCCCUUAAAAAAAUAAAUGCUUUCUUUCAUUACUCGGCGAUCAACGCUAAAAAUAGGUAUUUUUUUUUUAUUCAAUAAUAUAAUUAUUUUUAAGGCACACUGCUUUAGCUCUAAGGUGCCAAGGACUUUUUCUAAUUUUAUUAACGACUAACUUAAAACUAGGAUAGUAUGAUUGGAUAAUGUUGUAUUGGGGUCGCAGUGGUCGACUUUGGCUGAUCCAACCUUCAGCUGGCGAUCGGCACCGGCCGGUGGAUGGAAUAUGUCAUGAGUCUUCCAGAUGAUGGCCGCAUCCCUCGGUCCGUGUGGGUCCGCGGGAAACACCCCCAGGCUACGAAUACCCGGCGGGUGGCCCGCAUGACUAGAGCGACCUUCCGUGGGCGAUGAUGGUGAUGUAAAUAUAACGAAAAAAUAUAGAGAAGUAAAUAUUGCGGAAAACGAAGUAAAAUGGGGAUAUGGGAACGAAAUGACUAAGAACGACAGAGAUCUAAUUAGUUGACAUCGAGAUGGAGAAGAGACGGGGAGGGGGGAAGCGAAAAGGUUAGUGACAGCAAAAAGAUCUUGUUAGUUCCGAUGAAGAUGGUGGACAGAUGAGGAAUCGGGAUAAUCGGCGGAAGUUAGUGUCGAACCUGCAGGUGAAAAUAAUUCUUAGCCACAGUUGAAAUAACGUCGAUAAAUAGGAGGAACUUUCUAAGCAAGAUGUAACAGAUUACACUUGUAUAUUAAUGUGUUUGAGGAACUGGUAUAUCAGAAGCAUAUAUGAACUAUCCCGACUCGCCAACACAUCCCGAACCGGAACCUCAAUCGGUCUACCUCGGGCCCUGAGGGAUUCCAAUAGCUCCGAUCUGGCGUCGCGAUACUCUACGCACGACCACACGACAUGCUCGAUGUCCUGAUAACCGUCGCCACAGGUGCAGAGCCCGUUCUCCACGAUCCCGAUACGCCGGAGAUGUGCGUUGAAUGUAUA